UGUUGUGUUGCCAUUUCAUACCUUUGGCAGGAGGCCAAAGCCAUAGCCAAAAAGCCUCUCCCAAUCCUCAAACCCCUUUUGCUUUACGUUCUUCUCUCUUCCGAAAUUCGAUUUCCUUUACUCUCACGGAGUUCCCUCCCUGCUUCAUCUUCAAUCAAUCAUUCAAUCUCUCUCCUUUGAAGAUUCUUCUCUGUUUUCCCGAUCUAGCCCCCAUCGGGAUCGGCUCAGUCUUCCUCAAACAACCCUAUCAGUUGGUGUUUUGGUCAUAACAUAUAGAGCUUUUUUUGGGACUUUAAAAAGAUGGAUGAAAACAAUGGAGGUUCAACCUCACUACCACCAUUCCUCACCAAAACAUAUGAAAUGGUAAACGAUUCCUCUUCUGACUCAAUCAUUUCAUGGAGCGAUCACAACAAAAGCUUCAUCGUCAAGAACCCUGCCGAGUUCUCAAAAGACCUCCUCCCAAGAUUCUUCAAACACAAGAACUUCUCCAGCUUCAUCCGCCAGCUCAACACAUAUGGUUUCAGGAAAGUGGAUCCGGAGAAAUGGGAGUUUGCAAAUGAAGACUUUGUUAGAGGCCAACCAUACCUAAUGAAAAACAUCCAUAGACGAAAACCGGUUCACAGCCACUCGUUACAGAACCUACAAGCGCAGAGUCCUUUAACUGAAUCAGAAAGACAGAGCAUGAAGGAUCAGAUAGAGAGGUUGAAGAGGGAGAAAGAAGUCCUUCUCGCGGAUUUACAGAACCAAGAGCUUGAACGUAAAGGUUUUGAGCUGCAAGUCACCACAUUGAAAGACAGGUUACAACACGUGGAGCAGCGUCAGAGAUCAAUAGUGACAUUCGUUUCACAGGUUUUGGAGAAGCCAGGACUUUCUCUAAACCUAGAAACAAACCACGAGAGAAAGAAAAGAAAGUUGCAGGAGACUUCUCUUGUUCCUGCAAGCAGGUCACACGCGGAGCAGGUGGAGAAGUUAGAGUCUUCUCUAACGUUCUUGGAGAAUCUUGUGACGGAGGCAUGUGAUGAUAAGAGCGGUGGUGGUGUGGAUCUUGAUGUGAAUGAGUCAGUUAGCUGUGCGGAGAGUCUAAGUAAUGGAGAUGAUAACAGAGCUAAGUCAACAAAGAUUGAUAUGAACUCAGAGCCUGUUGUUACUGUUCCUCCGAAGACAGGGGUUAAUGAUGUGUUUUGGGAGCAGUGUUUGACGGAGAAUCCGGGAUCGAUUGAACAGCAGGAAGUUCAGUCAGAGAGAAGAGAUGUUGAUGCAAAUAAGAUUGGAGAUGGGAGGAGGUUUUGGUGGAAUGCUAAGAAUGUAAAUGAUAUUGCAGAGAGAGCUUGAUAUGAUAUGAAGCUCUUUGUAAAAUAGAUUAUUUUUAUUACUACUUCCUCUGAGAUCACUGUCUUGUGGUUCAUUGUUUACUGUACGCUAUUGUUUUGGGGGCAGAGUAAUAUAGAUGCAUAUUGGCUCUGUUUGCCUUCACACCC